UGUUGUACCCGGAACAACAACUGUCAGCGUUGGCGCUUUGUCAGUUUAUCAUCAUCAUCAUCAUCAUUGUGUUUUUGAUCACCGUAUGAAGCCAUGAUGCGAUUAACAGCUCUGUGUAUCGCCAUUUUCUGCCUGUCUCAGGUUUGCACCAGUGCACCAGUGUUAAGAGAAAAAAAGGACACCUCAGCAGACUCGGGGAAUAAAGCUGUUGUACCAGACGAACCGAGUGAUGACAAAACAUCUGCACAUGGUCAGCCAAACCCCAUACCAGAGGAGAUAAAAAAAGAUGUAAAUGGACAGCCACAACCGGCCAAUGCUGAGAGCGCUAAUCAGGAAAAAGAGUCAAAAGAUUCUUCAAAAGAGCCUGAAGAUCCUGCAAAAGAGCCUGAAGAUCCUGCAAAAGAGCCUGAAGUUCCCGCAAAGGAGGCUGAAGUUCCCGCAAAGGAGCCGGAAGUUCCCGCAAAGGAGCCUGAAGUUCCCGCAAAGGAGCCUGAAGUUCCCGCAAAGGAGCCUGAAGUUCCCGCAAAGGAGGCUGAAGUUCCCGCAAAGGAGCCUGAAGUUCCCGCAAAGGAGCCUGAAGUUCCCGCAAAGGAGGCUGAAGUUCCCGCAAAGGAGCCUGAAGUUCCCGCAAAGGAGCCUGAAGUUCCCGCAAAGGAGCCUGAAGUUCCCGCAAAGGAGCCUGAAGUUCCCGCAAAGGAGCCUGAAGUUCCCGCAAAGGAGCCUGAAGUUCCCGCAAAGGAGGCUGAAGUUCCCGCAAAGGAGGCUGAAGUUCCCGCAAAGGAGGCUGAAGUUCCCGCAAAGGAGGCUGAAGUUCCCGCAAAGGAGGCUGAAGUUCCCGCAAAGGAGCCUGAAGUUCCCGCAAAGGAGCCUGAAGUUCCCGCAAAGGAGCCUGAAGUUCCCGCAAAGGAGCCUGAAGUUCCCGCCAAGGAGCCUGAAGUUCCCGCCAAGGAGCCUGAAGUUCCCGCCAAGGAGCCUGAAGUUCCCGCCAAGGAGCCUGAAGUUCCCGCCAAGGAGCCUGAAGAUGCCUCAAAAGAACCUGAAGAUCCCUCAAAAGAACCUGAAGAUCCAAAAGAGGACACGACUGAAAGCGACGAAAAUGCUGUUGAUGAAAAUGACAACGGUAUAGACGAUGAAGUCUUGAAUGUUAACCAGCCUGCAUCUGAAAGCAAAUCAGUGGUUAUAAAGGACAUUCAGAGCAAAGCAGAAGACGAUUCAGAGUUAAAGGAGAGCGGCGAGAACAGUCACUUCUUUGCGUAUCUGGUGUGUGCCGUCAUUCUGGUGGCUGUGCUGUAUAUUGCCAAUCACAACAAGCGCAAGAUUAUUGCAUUUGUCGUUGAGGGCCGGAAAUCAAGACAGACACGGAGACCCAAAUCAUCAGAUUACCAAAAACUUGAACAGCAUUGAGAAAAUCCCGCCGCCAAUGGCUGAGUCAAAAUAUUUGAACUGUGAUCUGGAUGACUUGAAUUAUCCACAAUGCGACAUACACUGUAUUACCACUCACAAAUCAUAUCAAACCCUCAACCAUCCAUAGCAUGUCAGGUAUGCUGGAAACAAGUCUAAAAUGUCGGGUCGUGAUCUUUAUUCAUAGGAAAUCCACUAUACCGUACAUAUUGUUGGUUCAAUCUGUGGCCUCUUUUUCUAUUUCGGUUUCGUUUGAGAGACUAUUUCUCAUUUUGUUGCUGGGGGAAGUGUGUAACGACGGAACAAAGUUAUGUGUGUUUGUGAUUUAUUAUUACAUGUUCUUUUCGUCUUGAAUGUUGUGUUAUGGGAUACUAUUGGGAAUGAAUGAGGACACAUUUAUAAAGCACGAGACUUGCACUUUCUAUUGCUUUUGAUUAGAAAAUGACUUUUUCUGUGUGUGUGUGUGUGUGUGUGUG